AUGGAUUUCAUCAAGACAACUUUGCCGCAAGCCCUAAACUGGUCCAAACAGCCGAAUCCGCGCAACAUACUAUGCCGCGCCCAGAUCGUGCGCACCGGCCGACCCGGGAACCAUCGUCCGCGGUCGAGCCAUCCAGCGUUCAAUUACAUUUCCAGCAUAGCGCGGAUGAACACGCAAACCGACCCGGGAAGCAUCAUUCCGCCGUCGUCCCACUUCCACUCAGCGCCCAACAACGCGCCUGACCGCAUUACUCGAACCGGGAAGCAUUGUCCGGCGCUCGACCUUUUCGCUUUCCUCAGUCCACGUACCGUGCACGACCGCACUGUCCAACCAGGAGCCUAA